CUCACCGAAGGUCGGCGAAGAAGAAGAUUCUUUUCCUCGUCGCAAUUCUACGCUGACGCCACUAUACUUUCUUUCGGUUUAAAUUGUGUGUCUUUUUUUGUGCGUGUGUUUCUUCAUUUUUAGUUAAUUUAAACAUAUACAGGGUGUAACAAGAAAUUUAACCAUGGGAAACCUCCAACUGUGGGUGAUUGGCUGCCUCUUGGUCAUGGUUAACGCUUUUGGUGGCAGCGAGGAUCGGUUUGUGAAAAAAUACGCCAUGAUGAAGAUAUACGAGAGCUGUUUCGGUCCUGAGGUGUUGCGCCAAAUCCGUAAAGAAAUGAAAGACGCGUGCGCGAAAUGCGCCGCAUACGAUUCUCCACCUCCCAGUACCACCACCACUACUCAUUCGCCACCUCAUGCUACUGAGGAGCCUCCCCAAGGAGAUGCACAACCUCCAGGACCACACCCCUCCGGUUUGGACGUGGAGAAACUUCAUCAGGCCAUUAUGGCCUUUAGACCGAACAUGCAACAGCCUCAAUUCCGUCCAGCCUCAUUUCCGGGUCAAGGAGGGGCUAUGGGUAAUCAGUUUUACAGCCCCAUGGCUUUUAGCAACCCUAACUACCAACCACCCGGCAAUUAUCCUUUCUUUUACCAACCAGGAUAUCAGCAAAUACCAUUUUCUCCUUACGGGAACUUCUUUGGCCAGCAGUUUUAUGGGGGCAACAGCAGGGUUUCUAGGGACAUGGACAUGAGGAGCCAGUUGGAGGCUAUAACCUCAAAAAUGAGCGGGAAAACCAGGAACGUCACUUGUGUGAUGCAAGAGCUUGGCUACUUGGAUGAAAAUCUGGAACCUAACUAUAGUAAGAUUAGUGAGAGGAUUGCCAACCUCCCAGUGGAGGAGGAACUGAGAAAGGACAUGCAAGAUGGAGUUACUUAUUGUCAACAGUUUUCGCAAUGCGUGCCAGAAGUGAAAAACGAAAAGUCUCCGCUCUCGCGCGAACUUAUUCGUCCAAUGUUCUUCUUUAAAUGUUAUAAACAUAAGAAACUGGAGGCGUGUGUGAUGAAAGAUGUAAGGAAAAAGUACGUGGACGUGGCUAGCGACUCCUCUGAUGACCUGGAGGAGGAUUUUGGUAGUAGAAGAGGGAAGAGUGCGAACGUUGGCAACGGAGCCGAUGAGGAGCUGGCAGCGUCGCUUUAUGAUUUUUUGUAUAUGGGAGACGGAGAGAUUUUUUAGGUUGAUUAGUUUUUAAGGUUAAUUUAUUUUAUUAUAAACAGUGAUUAUUGAAUUUUUGCAAUGGAACUAGUGUGAUUAGGGGCAAGGGGGCAUAGUGGGUCAUGGUUUCUUUGUAAAAAUUUGACAGAAAUAAAUGGAAAUUUAUGAUUCGA